GAUCUCUCCUGAUUAUUGACUGAGCGCUGUGUUGUGAUUGGUCCAUCAGGUCCAGGUGCAGUGAUGUCAGAGCAGCAGGUCGUCACACGGUCGGCCAAUUGGAGCGAGCCAUCGUCACACCUGGACGGAGGGGCGGGGCUUUAUGAGCAGGGCGGGGCCAAUCAGGUGAGCGCGUACUGUAAAGGGCUGCUGAUGAGAGGACGAGAGGAGCUCAGCUUCGAAGAGCUGAGAACCGAAAGACUCAACCUACGCCAACAACAGCAGCUGGACGAGAAGCUCAGACAGCUGACGGAGGUGAAGGAGCAGCUGAGUGAAGAGCUGGAGUACAAGAAGAGACUUCUACUGCUGAAGAAGAGCCAACAGGCGGUUCCUGAAGCUCAGAUCAGGGACUCUGCUGGACCUCCAGCUGCCUCCUCCUUCCAGAUAUAUGAUGAGUCCCAGUCUGCUGCUGCACGGCCUGCUGGAAACUCUGAAACGUCUCAAAACGAGCUGGUGGACGACGUCUUCCUCGGUCCUGACGAGAGAGGACUGUGUCUGCGUGUCACCUGUCCACCACCAGGUGGAGUCGUCGUCUCUGAACUCUCUCAGCAGACGGACUCUGUGAACCAGAACCAAGGUCUCUCACCUGCUCCUCAACACUUCUCACACACUGCUGCAGAUCAUCAUGGGGGGGCCGCUGAAGACCUCCAGACUCUGGUGGAGUCCUGCCCGCCCAACGUCUCCCAGAAACCAGCAACUAAAACCAGAGACAAGCUGAGUCCCAUACAGGAGACCAGUGUGGAGGCCAACCCUCUGUCAGCCGGAGAAUGUAGUCCACUACAGGAGGACCAGGAGAACCUGCAGAACCAGGAGGACCAGGAGAACCAGGCUCUAUCACCUGUUGUGGAUCCAUGUGACCCAGAUGUGCGGUGGCGGCUGCUGGACCUCUGUGAUGUCACUUCCUCUCCAGACUUGUGCUCAGAGUCCCGCCCACUUCCUGUGGUUGAGGAGCACAGCUGUCUGCAGCUAGGGGGCGACGUGAUCCACAUCUACUCCAGAGUCCUGGAGGGACCAGGUUUCUCCGUCUUCAAAGGAGCCACAGAGGACGGCUACGUGGUCCUCAAGGUGGACGGCUGCUCGGCCCCCUGGGACUUCCAUCAGUCUCUGCGUCUGAAGAACUCGUCCACCGCCGCCGGGUUUCCUCUGAUCAGCUGUUUCCUGUUCCUGGACGGCUGCAUCACCGUGUACACCACGCCGCCGGGUCACAUGUUCACUGAGCUCACAGAGUGUGUCCCCAGCGAGGCCUCCGUUGGUUAUAAAGCAGUCGCCCUGGUAACGAUGGUGUCUCAGCUUCACUCCUGCAGACUGCUGCAUGCGGCACUGCAGCCUCACCUCCUCACCUGUUGUCACAGAGGUCUCCUGAUCCCUGACUGGGUCUUCCCGGUGGACUGGUCCUCCUCGGUGGACCUGGACCUCCAGCGGGACGUCACGUCGGUCCAGCAGGUCCCCUCAGCUCAGGACUACAUCGGUCUGGGUCUCCUGGAGCCGACCGCCCCCCCACAGCUGGUGGACCUGGUGGGACUGGCUGAAACUGUGCACCUCCUGCUGACCAACAGCAAGAUGGUCCUGAAGAAAGAGGGCGGAGUCUGGAGGGCAGAGCAGUUCAGUGGAGAGGAACCGUGCGACAUGUUCUCCAGGAUGUGGAGGAGGUUCUUCUGCUCGCUGCUGAACGCCGAAGGUCGCUCGUCGUCGUCCAUCCUGUCGGAGCUGAAGGAUCAGCUGACGACUCUUUACUGCUGAACCCUAUAUAUAUAUAUAUAUAUAUAUAUA